UUUUCUUGCAACUAUUCAUAUUAAAUGUACACACACUGAUUUUACCACCAAAUUAGUAGAGCAAGACCCACCAUUUGCUGUCUCCACCUUCUCAUGCUUUCCUUCCUAGCAGUAAAACACACACUUCCACAGUUCACACCCUAACUUAAACCCCCCCAAAAAAAUAUGAUACCAAGAAUCAUGAACAUCAACAACACUUAAACAAUAACCACAACUCCCUCAACAAUGCCCACAUUUCCCCUCAUGCUCUCCCUCCUCCUCCUCUUCCUGCUCUCCACCGAGGCUGCCUUUGGUGUCGGCCUCGGCCUCGGUCUCGGCAUUGGCGGAGGAACUACCGGAGGCGGCGGAGGUGGAGUUUGGGUUGGAGGAGGUGUUAACCCCUCAAAUUCACCCCCUCAACAACAAGAAGCACCACCACAAUCACAACAACAACCACCAUCACCACCAAGUCCUAGCCUAAGCAAGUCUUACACAGCUCUACAAGCAUGGAAAUCCGCAAUCACAGAAGACCCAAAUGGGGUUUUAACCACUUGGGUGGGCCCAAAUGUGUGUAAUUACAAAGGUGUAUUUUGCUCAAAUGGUGACAAUUAUAAUGGUGAUUAUAGUUACAAUUCCCCUGUUUUUUCCUCUGUUUCUGCCAUAGAUCUCAACCAUGCAAAUCUCAAGGGCAUUCUCGUCAAAGAACUGACUCUCCUCACUGAAUUGUCUCUCCUCCAUCUCAACUCCAACAGAUUUUCAGGCACAAUCCCUCAAAACUUCAAAGAUUUUCUUUAUCUCACUGAAUUAGACUUAAGUAACAACCAAUUUUCAGGCACAUUUCCCAAUCCUACCCUCUACAUGCCCAGUCUCAUGUACCUUGAUAUCAGAUUCAACAAUUUCUAUGGUGCGAUUCCCGAUGAUCUCUUCACUAAACAGCUUGAUGCAAUCUUCAUCAACAACAACCAGUUUGAUGGGCAACUCCCACAAAAUUUGGGCAACUCCCCUGCUUCUGUGAUCAACUUGUCCAACAACAAAUUUUCUGGGGGUAUCCCUGCAAGUUUAGGGUUUGUCAACUCUGCAAUUAAAGAAAUCCUGUUUUUAAACAACCAAUUAAGUGGGUGUAUACCAGAAAAUCUGGGGUUGUUCUCGGAUAUCACUGUUCUUGAUUUAAGCUUCAAUUCUUUGAUGGGUCAUUUGCCAGAUUCAUUGUCCUGCCUGGAAGAUAUACAAGUGUUGAAUUUGGCACAUAAUAAGUUGUCUGGUGAAUUGCCAGAUUUGGUUUGUUCAUUGAAAAAUCUGCUGAAUUUGAGUAUUGAGUACAAUUUCUUUUCUGGGUAUAGCCAAAAAUGUACAAAUUUGUUCAUGAGAAGUAUUGGGUUUGAUAUUUCUUUGAAUUGUAUACCUGGUAAAGGCAUGCAGAGGCCUCCACCUGAAUGUUAUGGUAUUCCUGGAACUGAUUCAGAUAGUUGUUUCAGAAUCCCUUCUGGUAAACCUCUUGUUUGUGGGUCUUUGCUUGAUCUCAUCCUUGGAAAUAUCCCACUUUCUCCUUAAUUACGGGGGAGUUUAACUUCUUUUUGUUAGCGUAACUCACCAGGUAAUCCAGAGAUAGGGUUCGGGUAAUACAUAAUCGAGCUUUCAACAAAUGUUGUUGCGUUUAAUCGGUAGGGGGAGUUUAAUUAACAAUGCUAGUUGUUAUAUUUGUAAUAUUUUGUUUGUAAAAGAGGUUGGUGAAAGGGUAAUGCAAUCUCAUUUAGUAGCAUUGAUGAUAGUUGAUGAUUUAGACAUGUAACUAUAUGUAGAAGUAUUCAAUUUGAUGUCCAAUAUUGUAUGUAAUCCAGUUUCUAGUAUCUUUCCGUUCA